AUGAUCUCCGUCCGAGCGCAGUAUGAGCAUCACUUUGUAGCUCUGAUUCAAAAAGACUCAGGCCCAGCGCGCUCUUUUCAACGUUUCCGGAACGCCCGUGACUUUCACAACCACGACAACAUCGUGACCUACAUCUUGUAG